CCUUGCUAGUCGCCUCGCUCUGUAUGGUCCCGAGCCAUUCAAACUAAGUAGUUUGCCGAGGAUCUAAUCCUGACACCAGCCCUCACCUCCGGGAACAGUGAGCUUUAAGCAAGGCGCUCGGUGUUUGGAGUUGACGAAGAGACGCAACAAAGAUGUCUAAAGACACCGAGGGCAAGAGCGAUACGAUUAUGGAUAUGGAGAGCAAGGUGUUGUGGUACCCGGACUCCAAAAAGAACACACAGAUGGACAAGUUUAGGAUACAGGUCAACGGAGAGUACGGGCUUAAUCUCGUGAACUACAAUGACUUGUACCAGUGGUCUGUGGAAAGCUACUCCCAAUUCUGGGGAGAGGUGUGGCGCUUCUGUGGAGUCGUCAGCUCUAAACCUUAUGAAGAGGUUGUGGAUGUAUCAAAGCAGAUCUCUGAUGUUCCAGAGUGGUUUAAAGGAGCCCGGCUGAACUACGCAGAGAACCUACUCAAACAUGCACACCAGGACAAAGUAGCUCUAUAUGCUGCAACGGAGGCCAAUGACGAGAUUGUGAAGGUGACGUUUGGGGAGCUUAGGCGUGACGUGGCUUUGUUUGCUGCAGCCAUGAGGAAAAUGGGCGUUGAGAUCGGAGACAGGGUUGUAGGCUACCUUCCAAACGGUAUCCAUGCAGUGGAGGCCAUGUUAGCAGCAGCCAGCAUUGGAGCAAUCUGGAGCUCCACUUCUGUCGACUUUGGAGUCAAUGGCGUCCUUGACAGAUUCUCUCAAAUCCAGCCCAAACUGAUCUUCUCUGUGGCAGCUGUGGUUUACAACGGCAAGACACACGAUCACAUGGAAAAGCUGACCAGUGUUGUCAAAGGGCUGCCAGACCUGAAGAAAAUAGUGGUGAUUCCCUACGCUCGCUCUAAACACGAGACUGACCUCUCAAAGAUCCCCAACAGUGUUUUCAUAGAUGAUUUCUUGGCAUCGGGCCGCAGUGAGGGCGACCAGUUACCUCAGCUAGAAUUUGAGCAGCUUCCAUUCAGUCAUCCUCUGUUCAUCAUGUACUCCUCUGGCACCACAGGAGCUCCCAAAUGCAUGGUCCACUCUGCAGGGGGCUCGCUCAUCCAACACUUGAAAGAACACAUUCUCCAUGGCAAUAUGACCAGCAGUGAUGUCAUCAUUUACUACACCACGACUGGUUGGAUGAUGUGGAACUGGCUGAUGUCCGCUCUGGCAGUGGGAGCUUCAGUGGUUUUGUAUGACGGUUCCCCACUAAUGCCCACACCCAGUGUACUGUGGAACCUGACAGACCAGCUGGGCAUCACUAUCUUUGGUACCGGGGCCAAGUGGCUGGCUGUGCUGCAGGAGAGGAACAUGAAACCUGCGGAAACACACAACCUCCAGUCUCUCCACACCAUCCUGUCUACCGGAUCUCCUCUCAAACCUCAGAGCUACGAAUACGUCUACCGCUGCAUCAAGAGCAACGUGAUGCUGGGCUCCAUCUCAGGCGGCACAGACAUAGUGUCAUGUUUCAUGGGCCAGAACCCGACGGUUCCAGUGUAUCGGGGCGAGAUCCAAACAAGAAACCUCGGCAUGGCUGUGGAAGCCUGGAGCCUUGAAGGUAAGCCAGUAUGGGGAGAGAGUGGGGAGCUCGUGUGUUUGAAGCCAAUCCCCUGCGCACCAACUCACUUCUGGAAUGAUGAGAACGGGAGCAAAUAUCAUAAAGCGUACUUUUCUACGUAUCCUGGCGUGUGGGCUCACGGAGACUACUGUAAAAUCAACCCAAAGACAGGAGGCAUUGUCAUGCUGGGCAGAAGUGACGGAACAUUGAACCCCAACGGAGUCCGAUUCGGCAGCUCAGAGAUCUACAACAUUGUUGAGGCUUUUGAGGAAGUGUCAGACAGUCUCUGCGUGCCUCAGUACAACUCAGACGGGGAAGAGCGAGUUAUUUUGUUCUUGAAGAUGGCACCCGGGAAGCCCUUCAGUCCAGAGUUGGUAGGAAAGAUUAGAGGAGCCAUUAGAAAAGCUCUGUCUGCCCGACACGUCCCCGCGCUGCUGCUGGAGACCAGAGACAUUCCUUACACCAUCAGCGGUAAGAAGGUGGAGGUGGCUGUGAAACAAGUGAUCGCCGGCAGGGAGGUGGCGCAAAGAGGAGCUUUCUCCAACCCCGAUUCACUGGACCUCUACAAGAACAUUCCUGAACUGCAGAACUAUUAGAGAGCACGUUUCACAGAGCUCGAGAAAGGACCUGAAACAGAAAACCAUCUGAAGAUCACUCAGCGUAGAUUUUACAUUAACUUCAUUUACAGGUACAGGUGCAGGGAGACAUCCAGGUGGGCCGAAGGGAAAAUUAACAAUAUGAAGAUACCCUAAGCUGUGUGCAGGGCAUCAAAACAAACAAAAAAAAUAUAUAUAUAUGUAACAUCCACAUGUAAAAAACAUUAGGUGUACUGGUGGAUUGGGUACUUUCAUCAAACAGCUGCUUUACUCUACUAUGUUGUGCUGGACUGGAGUCAGCUUUACGAGUUCUAUGACGUGCACAGCUUGUGAAUAAGCUCGUACUCUGAGGCCGGCCAGCAAAGAAGCAUUUCUCUCUGUGUCACCAGGUGUUGGUCCUGACUUGAUCCUUAACUGAUAAUCCAUGUAAGUGUGUACAUCCCCUAGCUCUGGUCAGAUAUAUCACUAUGUCAUAAUUGUGUGGGGUGUAUUGCUUUAUUACAUGUAAAUAUUUGGAUACUUAUUUUUUGACUUUGCAAUUACACUAGCAUCGUAAUCUUACAUUUAAAGAUAUUGACCGAAACACCAGUUAACCAAAGUGAAAGGGAUUUAGAUGGUUGUAGAAUGAACUAGAGAACUUACUGAACUUUGUCCUUUUAUUAAAUGUGUUUAUUUUCCUGUAAAUUGUCUUUGACAUGUUAGAACUGUAACUAACACUGGACUAUGUUACUUCUGAUUCUUUUUCACUCUAUCCAAGACAUCAAGGAAUAAUUUAAGGAACCUCUAUGUAGGAUUUUGAGUCAUGUUGGCCCUACUAUGUCAAGCAAAUGAUCAAACAGGUCAUUUAAAAAUCAAGCGUGAACCUGUUGUCCAUGUUUGACAUGUUAAUGCAGUAAAAAUGUGAUCCAGCCUCCUUUUGCUUUGUACAUAAGAAAGCUGGCUUACUUAUUCACAUGAUAGAAGAAGAUUAAAUGGAGAGUUUUUUGCUCACUAAUAGCACUACAGAAACACUGGUGAAAAAUAACAAAUACUACUAAGUUUAAUGUCAUGUUGGGAGAAACCUGGCCAGAAUCUGACUUGUGGCGCACAGAUAUUAAUGUUGGGGAAUUAUAGAAUCUUUGGAGGAAACUUUUCUCCAAAGAUCAUUUCUUACUGAUACUUAAGCAGCACUUUUCUUACUGGACUGUUUUUAAAAGGACAUUUCUUGUUUGACUUUUGAUUCAUUCUGUCUCUCUGCUUUGUUUUCAUCUUAAAACAUGUUUAAUGGUACUUAAAAAAAAAAACAGAUUGACCUGAAAACUCCUCAAUUCAUCUUGAGUGUCAUAUUUGCUUUUCAAAAACACCCUGUGGAGUUUUUGACUACUGCCAGAGAUACUGUAUGUUGUUUUAUCUUUGUGGGUACUCAUUCUGUAUGUGACACAUAAGCAUGCAGUUGUUACUUCCAUUUCCACUGAUUGACAUGUGGGGUGUGUUAAGAAAGUGGGAAAGCAAAUGCUGCAAGCUAGAAAACAUGGGUGUAAUCAAAGGACGUUUCAUGUGAAAAGAGGAAAAAAACCUAUUUUCAAAUAUGUUGGGAUCUUUUAAGGCCCAAUGAUCCACAGAUUGCUCCUUGUUAAAAAAAAAAAACCUGUAUGCAUCACACUGUAUGUUCUGUUAAUUUCAGAAGAAAGAUCCACAGGGUUCCUAUCAACUCUUAAGACAAAGAGCUGUCUUAGCUGUACACUGUGCACUUUGGUUCUGUUUGCUACAUGUUGUAGUCUGAUACUUAUGGCAGACCUACUCUUCUAUUCCGUGGUGUGCAUGCAGGUUAUGGAGUUUUUUUCUCCGCACUCAGUCUUGCCAAUAAUAGGCCAAAAGUCUGCAAAAAUCAUUCUUGGUUCGUCACAUAUAUUUGUUGAAUUUAGGUUGUAUUUGGUUCUUCCGUUUCCGCCUCAAGUGAAUCAAUAAUGUCAUUUCUACUUUUGUUUUGGUGUUGCAACAACGUUUAUUAAAUCAGCUGUAACACGUG